AUGUCUGCCGAGGAUUUCGUCAACCGGAAGGACAAGUCAGAACUGUCGAGCGCAGAUUUCGGUGAUCUGAUGACAGCAUACAAGAACAACAUUGUGUUGCACUAUGGCACUUGCCUACAGCAGAUUCUGGCCAGACUGAUUGAUAUUCGCAGCCGCAAAAACACACGCACAGCUGAGUUCAAUAACGCAUGUCAAGUGUGUAUUUAUACACCUGCACAGAAGCUCCGCCAGGCAGUUGCCUCUAGGCACCCUGAUCUCAGUGUGCUCACCCCACCGAUGCUUGCAAUCUACAACACGCUGGCACCAGUCCUCAAUGCCUAUGAUGCCAAGUACAGAUUCGCCAAAGACAACCGAUACUAUGAUGCCAAGGCAAAUCCACUUCAGCAUCUGCACGCACAUACCGGAGACCAGGCGUGGAGCUAG